UGUGGGGACCAAUCUUCACUCAGAAUACCCAAAUUUUUACUCCGAGGCCGAACCGCCACCACAAAAAUCACGAGCCCUUAAUUGGAACUGCAUCCGAUUUUCAUCAAACAAUUUGAUCGAUCCAAUAGCUGAAUUGAAAACUCUAUUUCUCUGUUUCGAGGAUUAUUAGGUGAGAAGUGUCUUGAUUUAUACAGAAUUUAAUCGGAAUCGUAUCAAACAUGUUUCCUCGGAUUUUUGGCAAACCUAAACAAGAGUCUAAUGCUCUCACUACUCUUGACAAAUUAAAUGAGACUCUUGAGAUGCUCGAGAAGAAGGAAAAAGUGCUACUGAAGAAGGCUUCUUCUGAGGUUGAGAAGGCCAAGGAAUUCACAAAAGCAAAAAACAAAAGAGCGGCUAUACAGUGUUUGAAACGGAAGAGACUCUAUGAACAGCAAAUUGAGCAGCUUGGAAAUUUCCAACUACGCAUCCAUGAUCAGAUGAUAAUGUUAGAAGGUGCCAAAGCAACUACUGAAACAGUGGAUGCUUUGAGAAGUGGAGCAGCUGCAAUGAAAUCAAUGCAGAAAGCAACGAACAUUGAUGAUGUUGACAAGACAAUGGAUGAGAUAAACGAACAAACAGAGAACAUGAAGCAGAUACAGGAAGCCUUGGCAACCCCCAUUGGUGCAGCGGCUGAUUUUGAUGAGGACGAAUUGGAAGCCGAGCUUGAAGAAUUAGAAGGUGAAGAGUUAGAGGAACAGCUUCUUCAGCCUGCAACCACUGCCCCAGCUGCUCCAGUUCAAGUCCCAGAAGGCAGAGUACCUGCUCGCCCUGCUCCUCAGAAACAUACAGAGGAAGAUGAACUUGCCGCUUUGCAAGCAGAGAUGGCACUCUAAUCAAGUCAGAAUUCACUUGUUUAACUGGUAAUGUUGGAGGAGAUUACCAUACAUAUUUAGAGUGGAGAAUCAUUCUGCCUGCUGUUUUCUCAUUUGUGGGAUCACUCUAUGUACAUAAUGGUGUGCUAUAAUUUAGAAAGUUUCUUUAGAUAUUGUAAUAUAUUGCUAUGCUCAUAAAGAAAAUUUCCCAGAACUAUACACUGUUUCAUUACGGAGUAUGAAUAAUUUUCUACAUAACCUUGAAGAGCAAUUGAAUAAGAUUAUGUGUA